GUAAAAAGUUAUGCUCACGGAACAUGAUUGUUUUAAUUUGGGGUUUCCCCCGACGCAAUCCACAUGACAGCAGUCUCGCUAUUUCAUAACCACCCACUAUAAAAUUUCUUUGAGCCCAUCAGCCAAAAGCAACUCGAAGCUUGUACAUACGCAUAGAAAAGCAGAUGGCUGGGUACAGGGCUGAAGAUGAAUAUGAUUACUUGUUCAAAUUGGUGCUGAUAGGCGAUUCUGGAGUGGGAAAAUCCAAUCUUCUAUCAAGAUUCACCAAAAACGAGUUCAACCUUGAGUCCAAAUCCACUAUUGGAGUUGAGUUUGCCACCAGAACUCUUAAUAUUGAUGGUAAAGUCAUCAAAGCUCAGAUUUGGGACACUGCUGGCCAAGAAAGAUAUCGUGCCAUAACUAGUGCUUAUUAUCGAGGGGCUGUUGGUGCUUUGCUGGUAUAUGACGUGACUCGACGUCCUACCUUUGAGAGUGCUGUGAGAUGGCUGAAAGAGCUGAGAGAUCAUACAGACCCGAAUAUGGUAGUAAUGCUUAUUGGCAACAAAUCAGACCUACGACAUCUGGUGGCCGUUUCAACUGAGGAUGGUAAAGAUUUUGCAGAGAGGGAGAGCCUCUACUUCAUGGAAACUUCUGCAUUGGAAGCAACUAACGUCGAUAAUGCAUUUACUGAAGUCCUUACUCAGAUAUACAGGAUUGUGAGAAAGAAGGCUGUCGAGGCUGGUGAUGAGACUGCUACUUCGUCUGUUCCAUCUAAAGGAGAGACGAUUAAUGUCAAAGAUGAUACUUCUACUUGGAAGAGACUAGGAUGUUGUUCGAGCUAGGGAAUUAUUGCUCCUGCUGCGUAGUUUCUUGUACAUUUUCUUCACAUCAUCUUUCUCCUUUUCUGGUUUGUUUGUUCACUGUAUUCUGUUGAAAUAUUGAUUAGUACACUAGCCACAAAAAUAGACUACAGGUAUAUUUCGUGGCUGCGAAUGACGAUAUAGUUUGAUUGGCUGGCUCAUAGAAUGUGAAGGCAAUGUCUUCUACAA